UUAUCAUGUCAAAAUUCUUCAUCAUAAUUCUACAACUUUCUUCAAAAUUUUUAUGUAAUAUUUAUAUUAAAAACGACCGAUGACCACCAUUUUCCAGACCUGUUGUAAACCUUUUGGUAGAACGAAACAUAUUCUAGUUUGGGAAAACGGUGAUUUUUAUAGUGAUGGAUUCAACAUUUUCGUCAACCCAAAUCAUUUUAGAACAUGGAACUCUAUAUUAUCCUAUAUCACUGAUAUAAUAAGACCUUCUUUUGGAGCUGUUAUAUAUUUGAUAGAUUUGGAUAAUAAAUCAGCAAUCAAUUCGUUUGAGGGCUUAGUUCCAAACUGUAAAUAUGUUGCUGUUGGAAAAGAGAAAUUUAAGCAGACCAAAAACUGCUAUAAAACCGCCUUGGAGAAGCAGGGAAUCAUUCAGCCGAAGAAAUACUACACGGAAAAUAGAAACUGCGAGCCCUCCACAUCCUGCUGCGGCAGUAAAGGCCGCAGAACGAUUUUGUUCGUUAUGGCCAACGGUAAAACCAGGGAGAUGCCAUGUAAAGUAGUCAUGACUGAAUCGGAUAUGGAAUCUUGGGACACUCUGCUGGACUAUAUCGCUCGCAGUCUGGAUAUACCCGAAGGAGUUCAAUCUUUAUAUACGGUGUUCGGAGAUAUAAUUUACAGUCCCAGAGACAUACAGAAUGGAUGCCUAUACGUGGCAGUGUCCAACAAGGAAAAAUUCAUCGAAAUGGAAUACGUGAAAAUUUUCAGGAGCUUACUUCCCAUGAGAGAAAUUAACAUUCGAAGAGGUUGUAACAACAUGGGCGAACCGCAAUCGAUGCGUCAAAGUUGUGCUGUGGUCAACAGGGAACAAGAGGUCGAAAUUUGCAAAUGCAAGUCGGAGUGCAGCACAAGCAUUAAAUGCCAAAGGAGACCGAGACCACAGAGCCCCUGUCGAUCGAAAACGCAAUGUGUUGACCCACAGAAAAACGCAAAUGAUAUGUUUGUACCCACUGGUGCACCGAACGACGUAAGAGUCCUGGAAAAGGAUCCGAACUAUAUAAAAAUGUAUGGACCUGAUUAUACAAUAGAAGCAACGCAACCAUCGAAAUGCAGCGGCUAUAAAAGAACAAUGGCCUCAGGCACAAAUCAAAGAAGGUAUUAUUAUUCAAGGACAAACGUUGUUCCAAGAAAUAUGGAUGAAAACGUAUGCCGCCCUGCUGUCAAAGAGCUGUCAUGUCAAGAUUGUGAAGAAGAUGUAGAUACGGCAGUUAAAGAAUUAUCAUGUCAAAAUAUCGAAGAGGAGGUAUAUACGACGACAGUCCACGAAUUUUCAUGUGAAAGCAUCGAAGAAGACGUAUAUAGAACUAUAAACGAUUUGAUCAAUGUUAUAGUUGAGAAUUUUGAAAGUGUGGAUAGAUUUCAAGAUGCCCCAGACAUUGAUGUCAUAGUAGACACUAAUGAAUUUUAUUAUACACCAAGUGGACCGCAUUUACUAUGCUCUAACGCUCAAAUAAGUAUAAUGCGAAGCCCUUCAUCCAGAACUGACGCUUCUAACCCUACAAUCAACCAAGAUAUAAACGAAAAUCAGGAGAGUUCUGGAAGCGUUAUUAAAACAGAUUCUUUUAGUAAUAACCCUGAAAACGAUGCCUCAGUACUUGUAGUACCAUCUACUUCAAGGGCGUUAGAAAAUAAUUCUUUCAUUAUGAAGAGUUCUUCUAGUGUUAAAAAAAGUAACUCGAAAUUAGAAAAUGGUGGUCCUUGUCAAUCCAAUAAUAAUUUCUCAAAUAGAGUUAUAAAAAUGUCUAGCGUAAAGUUUGAAGGGAAUGGCAAUAGUAAAUCUGAAUAUGUUAUUGAAACGAACCCAGUUGGAGAGGAAGAGUAUUCUAGAACAAAAAGAAAUGUUCUAGAAAAUGCCGUUGAUAAUUUAUCUAAUAUGGUGGUUAAAAUGUCAAGUGUUAGGUUUGCUGAGUGUGACAGCAAAACAUCUGAUAGUGUUAUUAAAACAAACUCAUUUAAAGAGUUUGAUCAUUCAGGAUUAAAAAGCACAUCAGAUAUAAAAAAUUACGUAAAAACAAAAAAUUCUUGCUGUAAGAGUGUACUGUUUACUCCAGAAAUCCCAGUGGAAAAAUAUUUUGAAAAAGUGUCCGAUAAUAAUGUAUUGAAUUCAGGAAACAGGCCUAUCAAUAGCUCAUCCAAUAUCCAAACUAAUCCGAGUAAUUCAGAAGUCGAAAUGAUAAUCAGUUCAGUCAAUGUUGAAGAUAAUAAUGAUAAUGAUGUAUUCAAUUCAGAAAUGUAUAUUAACAAUAAUUCAUCCAAUAUUCGAAAUGAUCCAAGUAAUUUAGAGGCCAUAAAGAUAAUCAGUUCAGAUGAUGUUGAAGAUAAUAAUGAUAAUGAUGUAUUUAAUUCAGAAGUGAAGAUUACCAAUAAUUCAUCCAAUAUUCGAAAUGAUCCAAGCAAUUUAGAGGCCAUAAAGAUAAUCAGUUCGGUCGAUGUUGAAGAUAAUAACGUACACAAUUCAGAAAUGUAUAUUAUCAAAAAUCCAUCCAAUAUUCGAAAUGAUCCAAGCAAUUUAGAGGCCAUAAAGAUAAUCAGUUCAGUCGAUAUUGAAGAUAAUAAUGAUAAUGACGUAUUUACUUCAGAAAUAAAAAUUACCAAUAAUUCAUCCAAUAUUCGAAAUGAUCCAAGCAAUUCAGAAGCCAGGAUGAUAAUCAGUUCAGUUGAUGUUGAAGAUAGUAAUGAUAAUGACGUAUUUACUUCAGAAAUAAAAAUUACCAAUAAUUCAUCCAAUAUUCGAAAUGAUCCAAGCAAUUCAGAAGCCAGGAUGAUAAUCAGUUCAGUUGAUGUUGAAGAUAGUAAUGAUAAUAACGUAUUCAACUCAGAAUUGGAGAUUACCAAUAAUUCUUCCAAUAUUCGAAUUGAUUCAAGCAAUCCAGAAGCCAGGAUGAUAAUCAGUUCAGUUGAUGUUGAAGAUAAUAAUAAUAAUAACGUAUUUAGUUCAGAAGUGAAAAUUACCAAUAAUUCCUUCAAUAUUCGAAAUGAUCCUAGCAAUUCGAAAGCCAAAAUUCCAGCCAGUUCGUCGAAUGUUAGAAAUAACAAUUCAAAAUCUGAAUAUAAUUGUUCUCAUAUUUCUAUUCCUCCUAAAGUUAGUAACUCCGAAAAUUUAAAAUUAAAUAAAGAUUUAACGAAUUCUAAUAUUAAAGUAUUAGACAGUUCAUCAGCUGUUAAAAACAGUUCAAAUGUAAAAGAUAAUUGCUACCAGGAUUCAAUAGUUUCUAAUAAUAAUAAUAAUUCAUCUAAUUCUGUACCCAAAACAACGAGUAGUACAGCAAGUGCUAAAAACAACCCAAGUAACUUUUUUUCUAAGAACUCGCUUCUUGGUUUUAAAGGUAAAGUGUCUGAACCAGAUAAUACUGAGUCCAAUUCAGCAGUGAGAAUAACAAUUGAGAAAGAAACAAUUCAGUCUGAUGGUAAUUUAAAAAGUUCCAGUUGCGGAACUGAAACAGUCGAGUAUUCGGGUAUAAAUAUUAUGUGGAACGAUAAUGAAAAAUGGGAAAAUCCGAAGUCUGCUGCAAUGAUUGGUUCUAAAGUUCAGAGUUUACAGUUUGCUCCAGAUGUCGAAGUCUCAAUACAGGAAGUAUCAGAUAAUUCAAGUAAUGAAGGAAAAUAUCGCGACUCAAGCAGUGCUUUCUUGACAGUAGAAGAAAACAUGCAUCAAAUUGGAAGUGGAGCUAAAAGAGCUCUGAGUUUACGAAACUUAGACACAAUUACAGCAUUUCGAGAUAGUUUCUUAAGCGGCACUCUAAGUGCAAAACACAGUUCUGAAGAAUCUUUUCAUAGCAAAUCAAGUGAUAACUUGUCCAAAAUAAGCUCUGUUGCUUCUUUGUCUCUGCAGAAACCUGAAACAGAUACAAAAAGUUCUUUAAACCAAAAAUACAACAAUAAAGAACCGUUUUGUAGUUCGUUAUGCCGAAUGUGCUGUAAGAAAAUGUCUACAAGACAUGAAAUUUUAGAGAAAAGUCCAUGCAAUUCUUCAAUAACUAAUAAUCAAAAAUCAUCUCUCGACAGAUCUAUUGAUUCGUUAAAUAAUACAGAAAGAUCACGGAAAAUCAUCGCCCUUUCAAGUUCCAACCAAGGAAGUAUAAAUAAAGAAAGUAAUGAAAGACCUAAUACCGUAAUAGGAGCUUUAGUGCUUCGUCCGCUAAAUGAAAAAGAUGCUUUUAGUAGCAAUUCUGCUUCAGAUGAAAGCGCUAAUCGAUCUAGAUCGAUCAAUUCUGCACAACGUAGCAAUAUAAAAUCAAAUAGUGUAGCUCCAAGCAGAUCUGUUUCUAAAAAUAGCCAAAGUAGAUCAGAUGGAAAUACCAUAAGUCCAAAAAGAGACCUAAGUCCCCAAAAAUCCAACAAUGGUGCGUUAGGAGUUACUAAUUCAUCCAAAAGUAAUCAACAUAAAAGUCCAAGGCCAAUUGAGGAAUCACUGGAUAGUAUAUACGCAUUAGCCGAAGAGAUGGUAGCUAAUGCUUCAAAGAAACCAAUAAAAAUUUUAAAUAAUAGAACAGCCAACAGUUUACCUAAUACUCAGGUACGGAGUUCAUCAAGAAAUGCAUCCCAAAAGUACUUAGGAGGCAAUUCUUCUACUAUGAGUAGCCUUAGAUCAAAAAGUAAUAAGUCUGGAUCAAAUUCAAGCAAUUCAUCUGAACGAUUUACAGCCGUUUCUAAAUCAAAUAAUUCCACUUCAAGUAGAGUGAAAACGGAAUCUAGUAAGACUAAAUCGAAUUUAUCGCAACCACAAAAAUCUGCAUCCAGAAAUAUGCAGGAAGAUCCUGUGAACAAAAAAUCAGAAAAAAGCGUAAAGAGUUUUUCGCAUUUUUCUAGAGCUUGUACAGAAGUCAAUCUUGUAAAAGGUUCAGAAGCUAAUAUUUCUGAUACUUCAAUUGGCAAUUCUAGAGAAAUUAUUAAAGAAAGUCAAAUGGAAGAAAUGGAAGAAGAUAUGAACGCUACUACUUCAAUACAUUCUGCAAGGUUUAACUCAAAUAGGACAAUCACGGAAGAUAUAAACAGUAAAACAUCGACUAAUGCGUCAAAACUGUUGCCACAUAGUUCCUCUAAUGCUAGACAAGCUUCUUCACUCAAUAGUAGACCUCAAUCUUCAAUACGGCAAUACUCAGCCGCUAGAAGUUUAAAUACUUUUUCUGGUACUGCUUGUGAAGUUAUUCCUGAAGAACAAGGAGAAUUAAUGGAUGAACCAGAAAAAAACAUGACUGUUGCCAAUUCUAUUCAUUCUGCAAAGAUUGCUUCGCAAAAAUCAGUUGCAAGAAGUUUGAAUAAUUUUGCUGAAGAAGCAGAAGAAACCUCCAGCGCUGAGGGUUCAAGUAAUUCCGAAAAUAUUGAAUCAAAAGAAUUGGCAAAGGAAGUUGUGGAUAAAUCUGUAUCUAGAAUUAAAACAGAAAAAAGUGUUCAUUUAAAUAUUGCAGAUGCUAGAGGUCUACCUUCGAUAGUAAGACCUGAAUCUUCUAUAAACGAAGAUUUGUUUUAUAAAACAGAAAUGGAACCUCUAAAACAAGAUAUGUCAGUGGACGAAUCAGAAAGAAAUAUGAGCGUUACAAAUUCUGUGAGCUCUGCAAAGGCUGAAUCAAAAAAAUCGUUAAACGAAGAUAUAGAUAGUAAAAAAUCAGACAGUGUAAAGGGUUCAUUGGCACGAAGUUCUUCCAAAUAUUUAUCAGAAAACAGCUUACCGAAAUCUUCCUCUAAAGGUCUUGCUAAUACAAACGGUAGGUCACAAAACAGCCUUCACAAUUCUUUAGAGUCUACAGGAGCUUGUUCAAUAGUUAAAAUUAAACAGCCAGUUCAAGAAAAUUCAAAUUCUAGAAUUCCUAGCAAAUCAAAAAGUAAAACUUCCGAAAAUAUUCCAGAAGAAUAUUCAGGAUUAGAAGAAGAAUCUGGGGUUGAAAUGAAUGUUGCAAGUAGUGCAAAGAUUGGUUCGAAAAACAUAUCAGCUAGGAGCAUACGUAGUGCUAAUGCUUCAAGUAUUAGAGAACCUAGUGUCAAUAAAUCAAAAAGUAAUACUUUUGAGGAUAUUCCAGAAGAUGAGUCUAAUUUAGUAGAGGAAUCUGGAGAUGAAAUAAAAGGUACCAGUAGUGUAAAGAUUGGUUCGAAAAACAUAUCAGCUAGGAGCAUACGUAGUGCUAAUGCUUCAAGUAUUAGAGAACCUAGUGUCAAUAAAUCAAAAAGUAAUACUUAUGAGGAUAUUCCAGAAGAUGAGUCUGAUUUAGUAGAGGAAUCUGGACAUGAAAUAAAAGGUACCAGUAGUGCAAAGAUUGGUUCAAAAAUCAUAUCAGCUAGGAGCAUACGUAGUGCUAAUGCUUCAAGUAUUAGAGAACCUAGUGUCAAUAAAUCAAAAAGUAAUACUUUUGAGGAUAUUCCAGAGGAUGAGUCUAAUUUAGUAGAGCAAUCUGGAGAUGAAAUAAAAGGUACCAGUAGUGCAAAGGUUGGUUCAAAAAUCAUAUCAGCUAGGAGCAUACGUAGUGCUAAUGCUUCAAGUAUUAGAGAACCUAGUGUCAAUAAAUCAAAAAGUAAUACUUUUGAGGAUAUUUCAGAGGAUGAGUCUAAUUUAGUAGAGGAAUCUGGAGAUGAAAUAAAAGGUACCAGUAGUGCAAAGAUUGGUUCAAAAAUCAUAUCAGCUAGGAGCAUACGUAGUGCUAAUGCUUCAAGUAUUAGAGAACCUAGUGUCAAUAAAUCAAAAAGUAAUACUUAUGAGGAUAUUCCAGAAGUUGAGUCUGAUUUAGUAGAAGAAUCUGGAGAUGAAAUAAAAGGUACCAGUAGUCCAAAGAUUGGUUCGAAAAACAUAUCAGCUAGGAGCAUACGUAGUGCUAAUGCUUCAAGUAUUAGAGAACCUAGUGUCAAUAAAUCAAAAAGUAAUACUUAUGAGGAUAUUCUAGGAGAUGAGUCUGAUUUAGUAGAGGAAUCUGGAGAUGAAAUAAAAGGUACCAGUAGUGCAAAGAUUGGUUCGAAAAACAUAUCAGCUAGGAGCAUUCGUAGUGCUAAUGCUUCAAGUAUUAGAGAACCUAGUGUCAAUAAAUCAAAAAGUAAUACUUUUGAGGAUAUUCCAGAAGAUGAGUUUAAUUUAGUAGAGGAAUCUGGAGAUGAAAUAAAAGGUACCAGUAGUGCAAAGAUUGGUUCGAAAAACAUAUCAGCUAGGAGCAUACGUAGUGCUAAUGCUUCAAGUAUUAGAGAUUAUAGUGUAAAAUCUUCUGUAUCGAAUUCACUUAGAGAAGAUCCAAAAAGCAAAUCAUCAAAACUUUUAUCUGGUGUAUCAGUGCCAAAAUAUUCUUCUUCCAGCAAACCAAAGCUGAAAGAGUCUUCUGACUUAACUAUUAGGCAAGCCAGUUCUAAGAAAAUAACUCCAUCUUUAGCAUCAACUCGUGAUAGAGCACCUAGUUCAGAAAGCGAUUCAAACAAAUAUAGUUGUAUCAAUGAAAGAGAUAACGAAUAUCCUGAAAAAUAUUCACAGGCUAACAUGGCAACUCGAAGAAUAUGCAAUGUAUGCAAUGCUUGUGUUGAUUUAGCAGAUAAGUCAGUUGAUACUCACGGUUUGGAUAUGAACAUGAAUACUUACAGUGCAAAUAAUAUACCUAAAAGUGCAUCAAGAAAUUUAAACAGUGACUAUGUAAGAAGCGAAGGUAACAACUUAACUUUCAGUUGUGUAAACAGGGGAAGAAAUAAUAAUGAACCAGAUAGUGGACAAAUUCAAAUUGGUUUGUUUGGAUUAUGCCUGGGUACAUUUCUGCAAACUGGAGAAGGUUUACUACUGAAUUGUAUAGCUCCGAAAUUUAAUUGUAACUGUCAAAUGAUGCCGGACAGAAAUAAUAUUUGCAAUAGUGAAACUCAAACUCGGAAUAAUGAGAAAUAGUGUGUUUAAAAAGGGAUUUGAUUUAAAGCAAGGAUAUAUAAGAAAAUUAAAGAAAUAGAAUAACAGAAUAGAAUAUAUUUUCCAGUUGUGCUGAAGAUAGUAAAAUCAAUACUUUGAGUUUAGAACGAUUCUAAGAGGAUAAAAAGAAGAUUUUUUUAAACCUGAAUAUAUGGUUAAGGAGA